GGGGACGCGGCCGUGCCCCGUCCUCCCCGGCGAGCCGUGCGCAGCGUGUGCGGCAGGGAGCGGGUCCCAGCGGCUGUUCUGGAAAGCCUCCUGUUUGCUUCCUUCCUGCCUGACUCCCCUCCAACAGCUCUCAGCUCCGGGCACAUUAGCAGAUUCAUCAGAGACUCGACCGGUCUUUCUAGCACAUAUUUUCCUGCUCCACAUUGCCCUUGGUGUAACUCUACACCGUGCAGGCAACACAGCCGCGUUUCUCCGCUGGGCUGCGGGAGAGGUGCCUGCGCCUCCGUGCCAGCGCUGCGCCCAAAGGAUCGCGGGGAGACGGGGAGGGGGCUGAGGACGGCCUGACAGGUUUGAAUUCUCCUUCCCUGCCUUGUUGAUAAGUUGUCACGCUAAUCCAGACACCGGGAACAGCCUGGAUCACGCCGAGCGGAUGGGAGCUCGGUCGCCUGCCAGCCCGGCGCACUGGAGAACGGUGCCAGCCCGCCAGCCGAGUGGUUCCCGCGCGCCCAGGGCUCCGGCCUCCGCCAGCCCAGCAGCGACGGCGACGGCCCCGACCGCAGCUUCAAAGUGAACCUGCACUGCAAGCACCCGCGGCCCAGAUCGGAGGCAGCCUCCCCCUGCCCCGCUCGCAGCCCCGACGCCAGGGUGAUGGGCACAGGCUGCCCUCUCGGCUGCGCCAGCUUGGGAGCACCCCAGGGAGGACCAGCCCCUGAGAGCUCAAGUGCAACAGCAGGAGCAGCAGCAAAGCCGAGGGUCCCUGUCUCACCAUCCCCGACCCCCAUGUCAGCAACUGCUCGGCCAAGCGGCACGCGGGGGAGGAGGAGUUCAGGAUGCGCGUGAAGCCCCCGGGCCCAGUGGUAACGACCAGCGUUGUGCGCGGCUCGCCCGACUACGUCCGAGAGCCCAAGUUCUACCCGCCGGGGCACCCAGCGCAGCGGCCCCCGGCCUGCCCGGCGGAGAAGGCCUUAUCCUGCAGCGUGCUGAGCUUCCCUGAGGGCUCGUGCCCCGCGCUCGGCCGGGAGCACCAGGCAGGCUCGCUGCUGCACGGCGACCCGGCCGACCGGUGCCAGAGCGUGCACGGCGGCACCAAGGCGGCCGAGGACUUGCUGGGCUGCGCCGGCGAGCCCCGGAUCCUGGGGGGCAGCGCGGAGGAAGCAGCCGCCCGCGACCGGGCGCCCAAGACCUUCCCCAACGCGACGCUGGCCUCGGGCCGCUGCAACGUCGACAGCAUCGUCGCCCUGCUCCGGAGCAAGUGCGGCAACGGGCACAUCAACCUCCACCCCGUGGUGCAGCUCAUCGACAUCAUGAAGGACCUCAACCGCCUCUCCGAGGACCUCAAGAGCAGCGGGGUGCACCUGGACUGCGGCAGCCUCCGUGGCGGCGGCGGCGGCGGCCAUGAGGACGGCCGCCUCCUGCCCGCCGACCGCGACCUCCAGUACAGCUUCUUUUCCUCGCCCUCCCUGGCCAACAGCAUCCGCAGCCCCGAGGAGCGCGGGGUGCUCUGCAAAGCGGAGCCGCCGCGGCACCCCCGGCCCCCGGCCCGUGACGGGGAGGCCGAGGGCGGGGGGGGGAGCGCCCCGCAGCCUCCUCCAGCCUCCAAAGCGCCCGCGGAGGAAGCCGGUUGCUCCCAGCCCGACGCCAGUGACUACUCGGACCUGGCUGAGGCGGACAUCCUGAACGAACUGGCCUCCCUGGCGUGCCCGGGGACGCAGCUGCUGGAGUCGCAGUCGAUGGAGGCACAGCCCCAGUUGCUCCCGGCCCAAGAGCUGGACUCCCAGUCCCGGCUGCUGGAUUCCCAGUCCCUGGAGUCGCAGCCCCAGCUGCUCGAUUCGCAGAGCUUGGAGCCGCUGCCGGAGUCGCUGGAGCUACAGAACCUGGAGCCGCUGGGGCUGCAGUCGCUGGAGCCGCUCUCCGAGUCGCUGGAGCUGCAGUCGCUGGAGCCGCUCUCCGAAUCGCUGGAGCUGCAGUCGCUGGAGCCGUUGGCGGAGCCGCUGGGGCUGCAGACGCUGGAGCCACUGCCCGGAGCCUUGGAACCGCAGCUCCUGGAGGCACGGGCCCCGCUGCUGGCAACCGAGCCCUCGCUGCUGGAGGCGCAGACGCUGGGGCCCGUGCCGGAGCUGCUGGAGGCGCAGGCGGGCACUGGGGACCCGCUGCGGCCCCACGGCCUGCAGCCCCGCCUGGGGGGGUGUCCCCUGAGCGGCGUGGUGAAACGCGGCCCCUGCGGGGGCCGGGGGGCCGGGAGGUGCGGCGAGGACCACCGCAAGUACGCGCUGCGCCGGACUGACAAGCCAAAGAUGCUGUGCCGCAGGAGGAGGGCAGGGCGAGGACGCCGGGCAGACGUCGCCCCUGAGAGCCGUGUCCUGCCCCUCGCCCUGCCCGCCGAGGUGCCCCCAGGGCCCGAGGAGCCCAGCACCCCGCUGCUGACCCCCCCGCCACCCCCUGAAGCCCUGGACCCCGACGAGGUGCCCAAGGCCCCCGCCAUGGCGGGGAAGAAGAGCAAGUGCCGCGGGGUGCGGAAGAUGGUGGUAAAGAUGGCCAAGAUCCCCGUGUCGCUGGGGAGGAGGAACAAAACCACCUACAAGGUGUCGUCACUCAGCAGCAACCUGAACCUGGAGGGCAAGGAGCUGGCAGCCAGCAGCUCCAUGGAGCCCACGCCGCUGCUCAAGAUGAAGAACAACGGGCGCAACGUGGUGGUGGUCUUCCCCCCCGGCGAGAUGCCCAUCAUCCUGAAGCGCAAGCGGGGCAGGCCCCCCAAGAACCUGCUGCUGGGCCAGGCCAAACCCAAGGAGCCCGCCCCGGAGGUGAAGAAGAGGAGGAGGAGGAAGCAGAAGCUGGCCUCGCCCCAGCCCUCCUACAUCGCCGACACCAACGACAGCAAAGCUGACUACUCGGACGUGCUGGCCAAGUUGGCGUUCCUCAACCGGCAGAGCCAGUGCUCAGGGCGCUGCUCGCCGCCCCGCUGCUGGACGCCCAGUGAGCCCGAGUCCAUCCACCAGGCACCCGACACCCAGAGCAUCUCCCACUUCUUGCACCGCGUCCAGGGCUUCCGCCGGCGCGGCGGCAAGGUGGGCGGCUUCGGCGGGCGCGGCGGUGGGCACGCCGCCCGCGCCUCCCGCUGCUCCUUCAGCGACUUCUUCGAGGGCAUCGGCAAGAAGAAGAAGGCCCCCGCCGCCGUGCACGCCGACCCCGUGCACCCGCGCAAGAGGGGCCGGCCGGAGCCCGACCCCGUGGGCAAGCCCAAGCGCAAGCGGCGGACCCGCAAGAAUGGGGUGCUCUUCCCCGAGCAAAACCCCGGCCAGAGCUUCAGCGACAGUGCCUCCGAGUGGGCCGGGGAGAAGGGCAGCCCCUGGGCCCCCCACCACGGCCACGCCGCCGGCCAGGCCAGCCGCAACUGCAGCUACCAGGGGGCCGAGGCCAGGCCCUUCCACGCCGCGGCGCUGGAGUCGGGCUCCUCCGGCCGGGCCAGCUUCUACGCCGGCAGCGCAGCGUCCUCGCAGGCCGAGGUCAGCCAGGAGCGGCACAGCCUCUUCACGGGGUAUUUCCGCUCCUUGCUGGACUCGGACGACUCCUCCGACCUGCUGGACUUCGCCCUCUCAGCCUCGCGCUCUGAGUCCCGUAAAUCGGCGGCCGCCUACACGGCUCCCCCCAGUGCCCUGGCAGGCCAACGGGGGGGCCUGGCCGCCUACCCGGCCCGGGGGGGCAAAGUGGCGGCGUCAGCAGCAGCCCCCGGCGCUGAGGCUGCCUUCCACGCGGCCAUGCAAGGCCGCCAGGCCUUCCCUCCCGGCCGCCCCGCAACCGGUUACGGGGUGGCCCAAGGAGCCUCGGAGUGCCGCGGCGCUGAGGCCUUCCCCAAGCUGGUGCCGCCCUCGGCCGUGUCGCGGUCGCCCACGGCACACCCGGCGGCCAGUGGCACCCCCGGCUACCCCCAGUACGGCGGCUACAGCACGGGGCAGAGUGUGGCACCCGCCAGCGUCUUCCCCCCAGGGAAGCAGUACCCGUCGGCGCAGGACUGCCCCACCAGCAAGGACUGCAGCUUCGCCUACGGCAGCGGCAGCAGCCUCCCGUCCUCCCCCAGCAGCGCCCACAGCGCCGGCUACGCGCAGCAGACGGCCGGCCCCAGCCUGCCGCUGGGCAAGGCCUCCUUCUUCAACAGCGCCGAGGGUGGCCAGUUCUCCAGCGCCGCGCACACCCCGCUGCGCUGUGACAGCCGGGCCAGCACCGUCUCGCCCGGAGGCUACAUGGUGCCCAAAGGCUCGGCCUCCUUCCAGCCCUCGCCCGAGAACUGCCGGCAGUUCCCCAGCGCGUCCCAGUGGGCUUUCCGGCAGGGCUACGGCGGGUUGGACUGGAGCUCGGAGGCCUUCAGCCAGCUCUACAACCCAGGCUUCGAGUGCCACCUCAACGAGCCCAACGUCAUCCUGGACAUCUCCAACUACACCCCGCAGAAGGCCAAGCAGCAGACGGUCUCGGAGACCUUCUCCGAGUCCUCCUCCGACAGCACCCAGUUCAACCAGCCGGCCGGCUACCGGCGCGCCAACAGCGAGGCCUCAUCCAGCGAGGGCCAGUCCAGCCUCUCCAGCCUGGAGAAGCUCAUGAUGGACUGGAACGAGGCGUCCUCAGCCCCCGGCUACAACUGGAACCAGAGCGUCCUCUUCCAGAGCAACUCCAAGCCCGGACGGGGCCGGCGGAAGAAGGUGGACAUGUUCGACACGUCCCACCUGAACUUCUCCUCCUCGUCUUCCUCCUCCUCCGUGUACCCCUCCAAGAGGAACACGGGGCCCCGGCAGCCCCGGGGCUCCCGUGGGGCUUGCGCCUCCAAGAAGGAGCGGGGAACGGGCAAGGCCAAGUUCCCCACCAAGUCGCAGCCGGUGAACCCCCUCUUCCAAGAGAGCACGGACCUGGGCUUGGACUACUACAGCGGGGACAGCAGCAUGUCCCCCCUGCCCUCCCAGUCCCGGGGCUUCGGGGUGGGCGAGCGGGACCCCUGUGACUACGCCGGGCCCUACUCCAUGAACCCCUCCACCCCCUCGGACGGGACGUUCGUGCAGGGCUUUCAGAGCGACUCCCCCGGCCUGGGGCAGCCGGAUUUGGAGAGCAAGCACUUCCCCGCCCUCCCUCACCAGCUGGCAGCCCCCGGCCAGCAGACUGUCUUCGAGGCCGGCCUGCAGAAAGCCUUCUCGCCCAACUGCUCGCCCACGCUGGCCUUCAAGGAGGACCUGCGGGCGGGCGACCUCCGCAAGCUGCCCGCCUGCGACUCGCUCAAACACAGCAUGCAGGGGGGGGCCCUGCCGCACGCCCCGCACAUGGCCUGCCGCGACCUCCCCAUGCCUCAGCCACACUACGACUCCCCCAGCUGCAAAAAUCCCCCCUACUGGUACUCGCCCAACGCCAGCACCCGCAGCCCCUCCUCGUACGACGGCAAGGCGGGGGCCGGCAUGCUGGUGGACUUCAUGGGCAGGACGGACCCCUCGUGUCUCAACCCCCACCUGAGCAGCCCGAGCGGCACCCACCCCCCCAAGGGCGAGAAGGAGCCCUUGGAGAUGUCCCGGGCUCACCACCGAGGCCCCUACGCUUGCCCCCUGAUCAAUGACUUGAAUAUCUCCCCCGUACCGAGAGACUCUAUGCUGCAGCUGCAGGACAACUACAGGUACCCCAGUUUUGCACCCCAAGGGCACCCCGUCAUGGCCCCCACCCAGAAGAGCGGGUUUUUGGGGCCGAUGGUAGAGCAACAGCACCCCGAGGACACUUUUACGGUCACCUCAUUGUAGUGUCUGCUGACGUGCCAACCAGACAACGAGGUUUUGUUACAGGAGGUAAUUUAGCCAGCACUUUUUUUCUGGAACACUUUUCAAGUUCUGUAUUUAACUGGGAUUGGAACCGUUUGUUUGUUUUCUAAAAAAAAAAAAAAAAAGAAAAAAAAGAAAAAAAAAGGGAAAAAAGAAAAAAAUGGAAAAAAAAAGUUAAAAAAUAGGUGAAAUGAAAGAGAAAAAAAAUAACGGAAGAAGAGAAAAGGAAGAGAGAGAAAACCCCCCCGUUUUUUUCCCCCCUUCAUACUAAAACCCGCUCCGUCUGAGAAUGACCCGGCUCUGCUUUCCGGACUGCCGCCCCCACCUCCCGCCCUGCAGCAGGACAAUCGGACGGACGGACGGACGGAUGGACAGCACUGGCCCCCGCCAAGCCCUGGGCAGAGCCGGCGGGCAGGGUGGGCGGGCAGGGCUGGGCAAGAAGCGGCCACAGGACGUGGGGGUCAGCGGCCCUGAGCCCCCUCCCUGGUGCCGCGGGGACCCUCGGCCGCCCUCGGAGGGUCCGGUUUGUUUGUUGUGUUUUUUUUUUUUUUUUUUUUUCUGUUUUCCUCCCCGUUUGCUUGCUUGCUGGGGGUGUUUUUCUCGCCGGAUGACGCCGAUGGGUGUUUCGGAGAGCUGGCCACACGGAGACUUUGGCAGCUUCGCCGUGGGUCUCGGAGACGCAGCCGGUGCCCACCAGCCCAGCCAGCGGAGCCCCCGCGCCCUCGGCCCCCCGCGCCCACCCGACGGCCCCGGCCACCGGAGCAGAGAGGAGAGGAGGAGAGGAGAGGAGAGGAGAGGAGGGGGCCGCCGCCGGUGCCCCCCGGCCCUGCCGCCCCGCUUCGCCCCCCCCCCCCGGCCCCCGCCCCGGCCGUGGCGCCGGCGCCGCGCUCUCCUCCCGCCAGAAGCAGAGGGACUCUUUGGAUUUUUAUUUUUUAUUUUAUUAAGUUUCGUUUUCUGCACAAAAACCAGCAAUUGUAAAUACUUUUGAAGAAAAGGAGAAAAAAAAAUGUUUAAGGAAAAAAAAAAUUAAAAAAGACGAAAAUUCACAAAAAAAUAAAAAUAAAUAAAGGAGAGCCACACACCUGAGAGAGAAUCAAAAAGUGACAGAGAAUAAAAAAACUAAAGCGAAAGAGAGGCAAAUAUGCAGGAGAGAAGAGCAAAAACCCACCAGUAUGCACUGAGAAAAUUUAUUUACAGAUCGAUCGACAAAAAAAAAAAAAAAAGUAACAAUAACCUAUUUAUUGUAUAUAAUGUUUUAUUAUAAAUCGUGUCUUGUAUAUUGCA